GCGAGUAUGAAACCAAGCAUGUUAUCUUUGCUGCGAGAAAUGCAGGUCAGGAGAGACUGCCACGCUCUUGGUUUUCCGUUUACACUGCUUCCCCGAUGCGUGCAUUGCUGAAAAUAAAGGAAUAGACAACUGAGCGUCUAAUCUGAGCGACUAACAUGCCGAAAGGGACUGGUGGAGAGAGACUGGCGAUUUAAAAGACGUGAACUGGUAUCCGAACAUGCAAAGCCGGUUCAGUAGGUUUAUUUUCUGUGUCCUUAGGUGAAAGUUUCCUAACAGUUGGCGGGGACGCUGUUAUGAUGGCCGGUUUGAGGAUGCAGAAGACGCACCGCUUGCAAAGAACGAGCGCGCAUCGCCGCGUCUUCACGCCGAAGAUCCGGCAGAAACGAAUGCUGCAAAUCGGCUUUUUAUCCACGGUAGCCUUGAUUUUCCUGCCUAACGUCGGUCUGUGGUCGUUAUACAAAGAAAAACAGCAGCUGAAGUCGCCGGAGACGGCCGAGCAGGUACAGGGAUUUCCGUUAGGCGUGAACGAAGGACAUGUUUACCCCUGGACUGACGGCCUGAAGAGGAAAGACUGGCAUGACAACAAGAGCAUGAGGAGAGAGGAGAUGCGUGUCGGUAAGGGAGAGCAGGGAAAGCCGUACCCUCUUAGUGAGGACGAAUGGGACGACUCGGCAUACAAGGAAAACGGCUUCAACAUCUACGUCAGUGACAACAUUGCUUUGGACCGCUCUCUCCCAGACAUACGGCAUCCAAAUUGCAAGCAGAAGCUGUAUUUGGAAAAAUUACCCAACACCAGCAUCAUCGUUCCCUUUCACAACGAGGGCUGGUCUUCCCUACUAAGGACAAUACACAGCAUAAUUCACCGAACACCUGACCACCUGAUUGCUGAAAUCAUCCUUGUUGACGACUUUAGCGACAAAGAACAUCUGAAAGCACGGCUGGAGGAGUACAUGUCGCGGUUUCCGAAGGUGAAGAUUGUCAGGACAAAGAGGAGAGAGGGGCUUAUUCGCACUCGGCUCUUGGGAGCCGCUGUAGCAAAGGGAGAAGUCUUAACCUUCCUGGAUUCCCAUUGUGAGGCUAAUGUGAAUUGGCUGCCACCUCUGCUUGACCAGAUUGCGCAGAACUCCAAGACCAUCGUCUGCCCAAUGAUUGACGUCAUCGACCACAACAACUUCGGGUACGAGGCACAAGCCGGGGAUGCCAUGAGGGGCGCCUUUGACUGGGAGAUGUACUACAAGCGCAUCCCCAUUCCACCCGAGCUGCAGGGCGUUGACCCCAGUGACCCCUACGAGUCGCCAGUGAUGGCGGGAGGCCUCUUUGCAGUCAAUCGCCGGUGGUUCUGGGAACUCGGAGGCUACGACACAGGGUUAGAAAUCUGGGGUGGAGAGCAGUUUGAAAUCUCCUUCAAAGUCUGGAUGUGUGGAGGCACAAUGUAUGACGUCCCUUGUUCCAGAGUGGGCCACAUUUACAGGAAGUAUGUCCCCUACAAAGUUCCCUCGGGCACCAGCUUGGCAAGAAACCUGAAGCGCGUGGCGGAGACGUGGAUGGAUGAGUACACGGAGUUCAUCUACCAGCGCCGGCCGGAGUACCGGCACCUCUCCACCGGCGACCUGACGGCCCAGAAGAAUCUGCGCAAACAACUCAAGUGUAAAGACUUCAAAUGGUACAUGAGCAGCGUGGCCUGGGACUUGCCCAAGUAUUACCCCCCUGUGGAACCUUUGCCUGCAGCUUGGGGAGAGAUCCGUAGUGGUGCCUCUGGCCUGUGCAUAGACAGCAAACACGGAACUACUGGCACAGAGGUGAGGCUGGAUACAUGUUUAAAGGAAGGAGCUGAGCGUACGUGGGCUCGCGAGCAGAUCUUUACUUUCGGCUGGAGGGAAGACAUCAGGCCAGGAGAUCCCAUGCACACCAGGAAGUUUUGCUUGGAUGCAAUUUCCAACAGCAGCCCUGUAACGUUGUAUGACUGUCAUGGCAUGAAGGGCAACCAACAGUGGCAGUACAGGAAGGAUAAAUCUCUGUAUCAUCCUGUGAGUGCAAGCUGCAUGGACUGCAGCCCCAGUGAUAAGAAGGUUUUCAUGAGUAAGUGCAACCCGCGGUCAGAGACGCAGAGAUGGAACUUCCAGCAUGCGAAUGCGACCAUCCUGGAGAAAUUCAAUGGGCCCACAACCUCCUAGGGGCCCCUGCUCAUCCCAGACAGAGAAGGCCAGCUCUCGUCGGCAGCAACAACAUGGCCGGAUUCUCCUUCGCUCAGGAUCUCUUCUAAUGUGAAAAGACGAGUUUUGCUGUGCACCUUGCUGGCCAAGGACGCAUAAAUGCAUGAGGCUCUCCGGCUUGAGGGCUGAUUCUGCCCCUGGCAUCAAAACUGGAAACGGCAGACUUUGAGAGUGGCUCAGAUUUAGAAAAAAAGAGAAGCCUUUUUUUUUUAGUCACUUAUGCAAAGGCUGCAUGUAAGCUUCCUUUAAAUGACUUGCCUCUGAAAUGUUGACUUCGUGUUAAAACUUUUUUAUCGGUAUUCUUUUUAUUAUUCUUGUUCUAAUAAUUCAUUAUUUGAAAUUUUUGUCAUAUUUUUUUACAGAAAAUGUAUAUAGAGAACUGGCGUCAUCAUCACUACAACCAAUGCUAUUCUUGUUAUAAUUGUGAAAUGGUACCAAAAUGCAAUAAACUGG